AUGAAAGAAUACCGGAACAGGGCGAUCGGAAUCAACAGGACCCGAGAUACCGAAACAGCUCGGAAAAUCAAUGUUGAGUACACGAUGACUGCGAUGAGGGCCUUCGGCACACAUUUGUCUUCCUUGGUUGAGGGAGGGGGGAAGAAGAAGUUCCGCUUCGUUUAUCUGAGCGGAGGCAUGUCGGAGAGGGAUCAGAGUAGGUCGCUGUGGAUGGCAGGGGAGAUGAGGAAGAUCAGGGUGGAUAAGCAUGAUACUAACGGAUACGGACAGGGACAAGUUGAGAACGAGUUGACCGACUACGAAAACAACAACAAUAGUGUAGAGGUGUAUAUUGCCCGACCGGGGAUGGUGCUUGCACGGGGGAUGAGCCUACGGACAUUGAUAUUUGGGAUGGGACCGUCGAUUUGGGUGGACGAUUUGGCGAAGGUGUUGGUAGAUGUUGCUGUGAGGGGGGAUGUAGAUGGAGGGAGGGUGUUGGAGAAUGAGGAAAUGCUUCGAUGGAAUCAUUGA